ACAGCCGAACCUUUGGACGUCCUCCCGGCCGCCCCCAUUUCCCCUCCUCCUCUCUCCCUCCGAGGGCAGAACCCUAAUACGAUGGGUCGGCGCAUGUAUGGAUCCUGACGAUGAGAAGAUCGACGGCUGUCAUCAGGCCGCGCCUCGCCGCUGCAGCCUAUAGCCCUACCCGCUGUUCCUCCUCCUCCUCUAAUUCGGCCUCCAUCUCUCCUCGAGAAACCCCGACGGUUGAUUCUUCGGAUCCUUUGUCGGAGCUCUCAUCCGUCCUCACCCGUUCCAAUUGGUUAGAUGACCCCCGCCUUCCCCGCCUUGCGCCGUCCCUUACCCCUCACCAUGUCGCCGCCCUCCUCCGGUCCCGCCCCCUCGAACCCCGCGUCGCCCUGGGCUUCUUCGACUGGAUCAGCCUUCGCCCCGGCUUUCGCCACACCGUCGAUACCUACUCCUCCCUCCUCCAAACCCUCGCCCGAGCCAAUCUGCCCCCCCGCCGUGCCGAGAAGAUCGUCAUUUCCAUGAUCAAAUCCUGCUCCUCCGCCGUGGAAAUCCACUCGGCCCUCCAAUCAUUCAAAUCCCUGAAUCAAAUAGGUUUCUUCCCGAGUCUCCGAUGCCACAAUUUUAUGAUGAUGAAGUUCGCUAGGUUCCAGAUGAUUGCCGAGAUGAAGGACCUGUACGAGCAAAUGCAAAAAGAUGGGAUCUUUCCCAAUCUUCAUACCUAUAACACAAUUAUUAAUGCCCACUGCAAAGAGGGAAACAUUAUCGAGGCUAAGGUCUACUUGAACUACUUACUGCAAGCCGGGCUGGACCCAGAUUCCCAUACGUACACCUCGUUCAUCUUGGGGUAUUGCCAGAGUGAUGAUUUUGUUCGGGCCUGCCGGGUGUUCCUGUUAAUGCCACUGAGAGGCUGCGCAAGGAAUGAGUUCUCAUAUACUGUUCUUGUUCAUGGGCUCUGUGAAGCAGGGAAGGUGAAAGAAGGUUUAUCGCUGUUUUCAUUGAUGGAUAAUGAUGAGUGCUCUGCGGAUUUGCACAUUUACACAGUGAUGAUUGGUGGACUCUGCAAGUUGGGAAGGGAUGUUGAUGCGAAAAUGAUGCUGAAUGAGAUUUCACAGAAGGGUCUGGUUCCGAAUGUUGUUACUUAUAACGUUCUGAUUGACGGGUACUGCAAAAUCGGGAAGAUUAACGAUGCGUUUGGUGUAUUGGAUUUGAUGGAGUCCAAUGGGUGUAAACCAAAUGUUAGGACUUACACAGAAUUAAUUUGUGGGCUUUGCCGCAAUAAGAAGGUGCACAAGGCCAUGGCUUUAUUAACUAAAAUGCUUGAGGAUGGGUUGCUGCCAAACCAAGUAACCUACACUUCGUUGAUUCAAGGACAAUGUAUGGAGGGUGAUACAAAUAGUGCCUUUAGGUUGCUCAGUUUGAUGGAGGAGAAAGGCAUGGUUCCCAACGAGUGGACAUACUCAGUUUUGAUUGGUGGCCUUUGCAAAGGUGGAAAAACUGAAGAAGCUAUAUCAUUCUUUAGAUCCCUAUCCCAAAAUGGCAUGAAGGUCAAUGAGGUAGUCUACACGACAUUAAUUGAUGGAUUAUGUAAGGCUGAAAAGAUUGACAUUGCUCAUUCAUUGCUGGAGGAGAUGAUCUCGGAGGAAUACAUACCAGACUCUUACACCUAUGGUGCUAUAAUAAAUGGUUUGUGCAAGGAUAAGAAGUUGCAGGAGGCUAGGUCCUUGUUUGAUUCUAUGUUAGAGAAAGGAAUCCAACCAACAGUUGUCACAUAUACCAUUCUCAUUGAUGAAUUGAUCACAGUUAGUGGGUCUGCAGAAGGAGCAAUGGCUUUGGAGCAAAUGAUUUCUUCAGGUUGCAAGCCUGAUGUAUUUACUUAUACAGUCCUUGUGAAGUCAUAUUGUAAGGAAGGAAGGUUAGAAGAAGCUGAAAGUUUGAUGGUUCAAAUGCAGAGUAAUGGGAUUGCCCCUAACACAGUCACUUAUACCACAUAUAUUGAUGGAUUGGUCAACAUGGGUUUGUUUGAUCAAGCUUUUUCUACUUUCAUGACUAUGGCUGAAGCUGCAUGCGAGCCCAUUGAUGAAACUUAUAGCAUAUUGCUCAAACUUCACUUAAAAAAGAAACAGGUUGAUGGUUACUUUAUAGAUGCUAAUCGCAUGUGGGAGAAAGUGAGUUUGGAUGUUGUCCUAGAACUCUUUGAAGAGUUGGCUAAACAGGGUUUUACCCCUACAGUGAAAUCUUACAGUUGCUUUGUGAAAAGUUUUUGCAAAUUGGAUCGGUUGGAAGAAGCCAAAUCUUUGCUCUUUCACAUGCAAGAAGCCUGCAAAGUCCCCAGUGAGGAUAUCUAUACAUCCCUGAUUAGUUGUUGCUGUAGACUAAAUAAGUAUUUAGAAGCUUUGGCAUUUAUUGAUUCCAUGAUUUCAUGUGGAUUUAUGCCGUGUCUGGCAUCUUACCAAGUUCUGCUUUCUGGUCUUUGUGAUGAAGGAAGCCUUGAUGAAGCUAAAUCAGUCUUCACUAGCUUGCUUUCUAGAGGCUAUAAUUGUGAUGAAAUUGCAUGGAAAAUUCUCAUUGAUGCAUUGCUUCAGAAAGGCCAUGUCGAUAUGUGCUCAAACUUUUUGACUAUAAUGGAGGAAAACCAUUGUGCUCCUAGUCCUGAGACAUACGAUAAUUUGACUAAGGAACUUUCUUGUAUAGUUAAUGACGAUUGAUGUAUUAUUGAGGCCCCUAAUGAUCAAUUCUGACUGGUGGAUGGCUUUAAAGCAAAUCUUACUAUCUUCAACAAUUGGAUUAGCUCAGAUGCACGAUGCACGAUGCACAUUGCCAUUCACUCCAUGAUAGAAGUUGUGCCCUGAAUUCUGAAAUGUGCAUAUCUGCUCUCUGAACCCAUAAGCUCCAAGUUUGGGCUAUAAAGUUGACUUCCUACUCCUUUUUCUUCGGUUAUCCAUAAUACUGAAGAUAUGGAUCAUCAUCAUGCUGGGAUGAAAGAGAAAUCAGCCACAUCUGGGCUCAAGGAAAAAAGUGGAAGGAAAAAUCGGCUUACAUGAAGCAAGCAAACACGGAUUAGGAAGUAUGUCAGUGGUUGAGGAAGUAUUUUGGAAAUUGUCACCAUGUAGCUCGAAUGCAAUUGUCACCCCAAUCAGGCCCAGACACUGACUCUCCAGACCAUAUGGGACUGUUGAUAAUUUACUUGGCUAGAGAAAGAUCACCCAGUUUAAUCUGUGUAAUGUACAUGGACUUGAUGCCUGAUGCACACGUUGCGUUCUUCAAAAAGCAGGUGCCUGUAGUAGCAUAUGUUGUGAGAUAUAUGUUGCAGAAGAAUAUUGCAAGCAAGCUGUGACAUAAUAUUUGAGUGAGAAAGACAACCUGAGAUUUAAAAUUUGUGUGGCCAUGCAGGGUCUGCAUCAAGAAUAGCACUUCUUGCUCUUUGAUUCAUGUGCAAGUUGCUAGGUCGAGCUCCAGCUCCUGAGAUGUCUAUAGAGGAUGAUUACAAGGUGUUGGUAGAUGAUGGAAGUCUUGAUUAGUUGGAGUUUAGGAUGCCACACAAGCCUACGGAGAUGGAGAUCAUGAAGUCACAGUAGGGAAAGGUUCUUUUGAUUGUAGCCGAGUCUCCAAUAGAUAUUGAUGAAAUGGACCAUCAAGUCAACAUUAUUGCUUUGGUUACAUUACAAAGUGCUUCUUAUCCCUGAGGACCAUGGUCUAUAUUGCUGCUGUACCAGACAAUAUAAUUACAACCGAAAGCUGGAGUGUGUUUCUGUUUAUCCUAUGAUGCUCCUGUGAGCUAACGAGGCAUUGGAACAAGGACUGAAGAAUUAAGUGUCCAUCACUAGAACUGGGCAUGAGGUGCUUACUGGACUAAUACUGAGAGAUAUGACACAUCAAACCUUUGCUAAACUUUGGACAUAAUGAUUUGAUCAUAAAGUCCAUCUUGAGAACAGAAUUCAAUCGAAGAUCCUCUGCGAUGGGAAUAAACAUUUUGGUCCUUUUUUAAGAGGAAUGCAGCAUGUUUCAAAGGUACAAGGAACACUGGUCAAACCGAUUGCUUCAGAACGCACUGCUUCAUUUAUUGUUUUAUAAGCCUUGUUGCUUAUCAAGAAUGUGCCAUCCAGACCGAUAGAAGUUGGAAGGUGAAUGUGGCUGUGCCUACAACAAUAAUUCCUGUGUCAUCUUCUCUUGGGUGUCAGACUAACCUGGUCCGGGAGCAGGACCCGAAAGUUAUAGUUGACACUUCUUUUCCUCAUUUAACAUCAGAACUAGACACUUCUUUUAUAAGAAAUGAUGUCUAUAUGUGAAGCAUGUUUCGGAACCUAUCUUAUAUGUAAAGCUUGACAUCCCCACCUUCCUGAAGAUGAUCUGGCCACAUCAAGAAGGGCUUUGGGUCGACAUACUGGUUGCUUUGAGCAUAUGCUCGACCACAUCAGCUCAUCACCAUCAUCACUGGUUGACCCACCAGCUUUGGGGGUUUUGAUCAAGUCAAGAAAUAGUCAUAAAAGUUUGUAAUGGUGGAUCAGAUUUAUAAGAGCUUAAAUCUUCCUUGUGUAUCACAUUAUUUUGUGUGAAUAAUCACUUAUAAUAAAGAAAAAUGUUCCGCGGAA